GUGAAUUAAACAAACGAAUAGAGAAAGUAUUAAAAAGUCGGACUGAACGGGGAUUGAAACGACAACUCAAUGACAAUUUAGAUAGGCGUCAAUUCAAUGUUGAUUUCAGCUCGAAUGAUUACCUUUCCUUAGCUAAGAACGAGAAGCUAAUAGGGAUUGUUAAAGAACGUUUAGCAAAGUCGGAUGUAAUGGGAAGUGGUGGUAGUCGUCUCUUGGACGGGGACACAAUCUUGCAUCGUCAAAUAGAGAGGAAGUUGUCGAAUUUCUACAACGGUGAAGAUGCACUGUUAUUCAACAGCGGCUAUGAUGCUAACGUCAGUAUAUUCGCAACAAUACCCGAUAAAGAUGAUAUCGUCAUUUAUGAUGAACUCAUACAUGCGUCGGUACAUGAUGGUAUGCGCGGUAGUCGUACUACCCAUUGCUGGUCAUUUAGACACUCAGAUCUGAAUCAUUUAAGUGAAUUACUCAACGCAGCACGCAAACAACACAGUGGUAGUAUCUUUAUUGCCGUCGAAGCAGUUUAUUCAAUGGAUGGUGACCGUUGUCCACUUGCGGAAAUUACAAAUCUAACCAAAGGUGACAUAAACAUAUACCUUAUAGUCGAUGAAGCACAUUCCACGGGUUAUAUAGGUAGUAAUGGACGUGGACUUGUUAGUGCACUCAAUUUGGAUCAAUAUGUUGCUAUCAAACUUAAUACAUUCGGUAAAGCACUCUGCGCGGCUGGUGCUGUUGUACUUUGCGCACCUAACGUACGGAAUUACCUCAUUAAUUAUGCCCGUCCUCUUAUCUUUUCGACAAGUAUGACACUGUCGAAUCUUCACAUAGUCGACGUUGUUCACGAUUAUUUAUCUGAUGGACAUUUAACUACUGAAAUAGAUAACCUAAAGAGGAAUGCAACAUAUUUAAGACAACGGUUAGGAAUACCAGAGAAUGUAACGCCUAUAGUCCCUAUUUUGACACCACAGUCUAAGAGACUAGCUAAAGCACUUCAAGAUAAUGGUAUCCUCGUCCGUCCGAUAACAUGGCCGACAGUACCUAAAGGUAAAGAUA